AUGGCAAAGAAAACAGGAGAAAACUCGAAAAAGGCAGCAGGAAAUGCUCGUAAAGCAGAACAAGCCAGCAAAAAGAAACAAGACUCACUCAACCAACUAGAGCAAGAGGAAACAGCAAAGUGGGAUGAAGGAUCGAAAAAGGGAAACAAAAAGAAAGAAGAGGAACAAUUCAAGAAAGAAGAAGCAGCUCGUAAAAAGCAAGAGCGUGAUCUUCUUCUAGCUGCCGAAGAAGCCAGCUUGCCUUCCAAACCAGUCAAAUCAAAGCAACGUGGUGCCGAUAAAGUUGCUUCCAAACGUACUGGUAAGAUUGAUGAUUUUCUCGACUUUAAUAAGGAUACACCGGAACUUAGUGCUUCAGGGUUGGAUAAUGCAUUGGCUGCAUUAGCUUUGACUGGAAAAGAUUCUGGUGUUUCAAACAAGGAUAUUGAUCGUCACCCAGAGAGAAGAGUUAAAGCUGCUUAUAAUGCAUAUGAAGAAAGGAGAUUACCUGAAAUUCGUAAAGAAAAUCCAGGAUUAAGGUUGCAACAAAUCAAGAAUCUUGUGUUUAAAGAGUUUCAAAAACUGAGUGAGAAUCCAAUGAAUCAAGAAACAAAUGUACAUUAUAAUGCCAGUAGGGACGAGUUGGAGAGCAAGAAGUCAGAAGUUAGACAAUCAAGGGAAAAGAAGUUUAAUUAG